AUGCCCACAGCUCAUGGCCGCCAACAUACCCAUGAAAACUACUUGUCGCAAUGCCCGACCCUCUACGAUCGACUCCAGGACCACCGCCACCUAGUCUGGCUGCCAUGUGCUGCUACCUCCCUCUUAACCACACGCCAUCUCCUAGUCGAGGCCAACCUACAUUACCCUUUGCAGUUGUACAUCUGUCAGAUUGUCGCCACGGCCAUUCUCGUCUUCAUCUCACACCUAUGGCGCAAAAAUGAUCAAAAACGCAACAGCGAGCAAGAGCAACCCACACGACCAAUCCAAGCCUCACUUUUGGUCGUAGCUUCACACGCCCUACAAGCAGUAGCAGCGCUAUGCAUAACCCAAGCCGUAUUGCACACUUCAAACCUGCCCCUGCUUUGCAUGACGGCGACGAUUGCAUUCUUCGCUGAGGGUUUGAUAUUGUGCGUCUUCAGUUACACGUCCCGCUCAGGCGUAGGUGUGCUACGCUUGGGCAUCCACCUCUUGGCUUGUAUUGGAAUUCUGUCCGUAGAGUACCGUCUCAUGGUGCCAAGCUUGAUAACAUCAAUCGUAGCCAUGCUCUUGCUUGGCUUAGCGAGUGCGUUGAGGAAGUUGGCCUCGAAGCAUUAUCCAGGGGUUUCGCUUAGCCAAAGCACGGAUGCCAAUUGGUUAGUUGCUAUGGGGGUUCUAAUCACAGCAUUUUGCGCACUCAGCGGUUGGCCCGACGAGCAUAGAAAUCCGCUUGACAGGGAGAAUUUGUUGCUGCGUACGUUGAAUGCCAUUUCAACCGGAGCAGCGCUAUUGAUGGGAGGGUCGGUAUUAUUUCCUAUAGAGACAGUCGGUAAUGGCCAAACAUCCGACUACACCGCAUCGCAACGUGUGAGCGAUGUAUUCACACAGCUAACAUUGACAGCCAUCAUUGGCUGUUUUACUACUCUUUCGCUGCGUCGUUCCUACUCCAGUUGGUACCAACUGUGCUUCUACUUCCUUGCAGUCCUGUGCAUCUGCGGCCAUGAAGUUUACAUGUCAAGCUGGAAGCAAGCAAGGCAGCCGAAAGAUCCCCAUGGAAGCUACGAUAUGGUCCCGUGCUCGCCCAGAACUCGAUCAGACGAUAUCGAGGAGGCCGGAGAAGCAGAUAUGCUAGCAAACCUUCCAGACUACAGCCACGGCUUCCGCUCGUCUUUCAGCAGCAUCAUAUUAGUCAUGCUAUGGACUGCGUAUAUAAGCUUCAACUUUGGACAACGCCAAUACCCACGCAUCGAGCCUCGACUAGAUCUCAGGUAUGAGACAAAUAGCCCUUUGGAGGUUGUUAUCAGCAUGUACAAGGAGCGGACAGAAGACGUGGCCUCGCUGAUAUCGAGGCUACAUGCCAUGCCGCAAAUGUCACAGGCUCUUGUUACAAUCUAUCUCAAGGAUAGCCAGGCAGACGAAGAGAAGGUUAAGCAAGAAACAAAGGCGCACAAUGUCGUUAAGCUUCCAAACGUCGGACGAGAAGCCGAGACGUACCUUAACCACAUCGUCAACCGCUGGGACAAGCUUGCAGAGCGUACCAUCUUCCUUCAAGCCGACAUUCACAACCCACGAGAGUUUUAUCCCUUUUUCCAACGGUAUUUCCGCGCAAACCAAACUGGUUUCCUCAACCUGGGAUGGGCAGGCAAUGUUUGUCAUAGUGACGACUGUGGCGACAAACAGGGCUGGCAGGAUGAGACAUUGCUGUUUCCAGAGAUUCAAUCAAGGAUCGACCACUCGGUGCGCGAUGGUAUACUGCUCAGCUACAAGGGCCAGUUUGUUGCUACCGCUGCCCGGAUUCGCGGCAUUGACAAAGCAAUAUACGACGAUCUCUGGAAACUUCUUGUCGACGAGCAGAGCUGGGCGCACAGUGAACCUUAUCUGCAGGACCGAGAAGAUGCCAUGAGCAAGCCUUGGUUCGGAUAUACCAUGGAGCGGAUAUGGAAUGUCCUGUUCCAAUGCUCAGACAUGGACGUUGCAUGGAAAUGCCCUACGCUGCUGAGCGGGUGGAGACCUGGUGGCAGCAUUGCCGACUGCCAAUGUUUCGAUACCGAGCUGGUUGAACCAUGA